AUGCUGGCCACUACCUUCGCUCUCCUGGCGGCCGCCCUCGGCGUCAGCGGCCACUACACGCUCCCGCGCAUCAACAGCGGCUCCGAUUGGCAGCAUGUGCGGCGGGCCGACAACUGGCAGAACAACGGCUUCGUGGGCGACGUCAACUCGGCGCAGAUCCGCUGCUUCCAAUCGAGCCCCGCGGCGGCUCCGGCCACGCUCAACGUCACGGCCGGCUCGUCCGUCACCUACUACGUCAACCCCAGCGCCUACCACCCAGGCCCCAUGCAGUUCUACCUGGCCCGCGUGCCCGACGGACAAAAUAUCAACUCGUGGAACGGCGACGGAGCCGUCUGGUUCAAGGUGUACCACGAGCAGCCCAACUUUGGGUCGCAGCUGACAUGGCCUAGCAAUGGCAAGUCCUCGUUCCAGGUUCCCAUCCCGCGCUGCAUCCGCAACGGCUACUACCUCAUCCGCGCCGAGCACAUCGGCCUGCACGUGGCCCAGAGCAGCGGCGGCGCCCAGUUUUACAUCUCGUGCGCCCAGAUCGCUGUCACGGGCGGCGGCAGCACCGAGCCCCCCAACAAGGUCGCCUUCCCGGGCGCCUACAAGGCGUCGGACCCGGGCAUCCUCAUCAACAUCAACUACCCCGUCCCGACCUCGUACAAGAACCCAGGUCCUCCCGUCUUUACCUGCUAA